AUGUCAGCUCGCGCCGGAUCAGAGUCGGAUCCUUGGCUCGAUAAAGACAUUCUGGCUAGUCCUGAGGUCACGCGCACGUACGACUUUGUCCUCACCAAUGGCCUCGCUGCUCCGGACGGAUUCCUCAAGAAGCGCAUCUUGAUCAAUGGUCAGUCGCCUGGCCCUCUCAUCGAGGCCAAUGAGGGAGACACGAUCGUGGUCAAUGUCGCCAACUACCUCGACCAGGGCACGUCGAUUCAUUGGCACGGCAUGUUCCAGAAUAGCACACCCUUCAUGGACGGCAUCGCUGGCUUCUCGCAGUGCCCCAUCCCACCCGGUGGCUCGCUCACCUACCGCUUCAAGAUCGAGGGUCAGUACGGAUCGUACUGGUGGCACAGUCACUCGAAGAUGCAAUAUACCGAUGGCCUGUACGGUGGUCUGAUCGUUCGAUCCGAGCGCGAUCCGUACCAGAAGUGCCGUGACUACGACGACGAGCGCGUCUUCCUCUUUGCCGACAACUACCACGACUUUGCCGAUGAUAUUGUCACCCAGCUCCUCUCGGCCAAAGGCUACAACGGGUCGGUGGCAGCACCGUCACCUCAGUCGGGACUCAUCAAUGGAGUCGGCGUGUUCGAUUGUGCGGCGCUGUACAAGGCCAAGACGCACCAGCCGGGAAUGCCGAGCGCGUGCUACCCACAGCAGACGCCCACGAUGGAUGUUGAGCCACACAAGAAGUACCGAUUCAGGUUCAUCAACACAGGUUCGCAUGCUCAGCACAUCAUCUCGAUCGACGAUCACGAGCUGCACGUGAUCGCAGCUGACGGCACUCCCGUUGUUCCGCACAAAGUCCACCGCAUUCCGAUUCACAACGGCCAGAGACACGACGCGAUCGUUCAUACCAACGUCGGCAAGAGCGGUGACAGCUUCCUGCUGCGCUCGACCAUGACGACUAAGUGCUUUGCUUUUGUCGACCCGCUGCUUAAUCCUGUGGCGAAUCUCACGCUGCAGUACAAGAAGCAUGGACACUUCGCCCGACAGAAGGCACCCGUGCCCCACGACUGGAGCGACAACAUCACUCCGUGCGUCGACCUGGACGACUCGCUGCUGAUCCCGGCGAUGGACACUUCAGUGCCGGUCAACACCAACCCAAACUCGCUCGGCAUCUUCAACUCGCAGUUCGGCAACCUCAAGCUCGCCAACGGCACCACGCUUGGUCGCUUCUUCAUCGACAAUGUUACGCAAGUCAACUAUGUCAACAAGCCGUACCUGCAGAUGGCGCACCAUGGCCAGCCGAUCAAUGCGUCGACCAUCGCGUCGCUGCUCGUGCCGGAUGAUGUGUGGGUGGCGGACAUCAUCAUCAAUAACGAAGACACGUUCCUCGACCAUCCCUUCCACCUGCACGGCACCGACAUGCACAUCAUCAAGCACGGCUCCGGACGCAUCGACCUGGCGCAGUGGCUCGCGCUCAACCAGCAGCCGGGCGCACUCAACCUCAAGAACCCGCUGCGUCGAGACACGAUCAUCGUCGGCCGCUCGAGUUACGUGAUCGUCCGCAUCAUCCCCGACCUGCCGGGCGUGUGGCCUUUGCACUGCCACAUCUCCAUGCAUGUUGCAGAGGGCCUCAUGGCCGCCGUCGCCAUCCAUCCGCACAAGAUCCAGCAGCUACCCUGGUCCCAAGACGUGCUCAACCUCUGUCCCACCGGCGGUCCGGCGAUCAACGAGAUCGAGCCGGCUUGA